AUGUGCAGGAAAGGUCUAGUAGAAUUAUUUGACAGAUUGGAAGCUGGAGAGCUUCAAGAAAGUUCUUUAUUGGUUAUGGUCUUUGGACUUGCAGAGGGCAUGGAGUUCACAGAGAAGGAUUUGGCUUCGGAUGAAAGCCUGUCGGAUUUAUACGAUAGGUGGAGGAGCCACCACACAGUUUCUCGGGAUCUGACUGAGAAAAAAAGGCGUUUCAACGUUUUCAAGGCGAACGUGCUGCACAUUCACAAGGUGAACCAGAUGGACAGGCCUUACAAGUUGAAACUCAACAAGUUUGCUGAUAUGACCAGCCACGAAUUCAGAAAGUUUUACAGUUCUAAGAUCAAACACCAUAGGAUGCUUCAUGGUAGUCGAGCCAGAACCGGAUUUAUGCACGAAAAAACUGAAAAUCUGCCGUCUUCUGUUGAUUGGAGAAAGCAAGGCGCCGUCACUGGUGUUAAGGAUCAAGGCAAAUGCGGUAGUUGUUGGGCAUUUUCAGCUGUAGUUGGAGUUGAAGGGAUCAACAAAAUUAAAACUGGUCAAUUAAUCUCUUUAUCAGAGCAAGAGUUAGUUGAUUGUGAAAAGGAUAAUGAAGGCUGCAACGGAGGACUCAUGGAACACGCAUUCGAGUUCAUCAAGAAACAAGGUGGCUUAACAACUGAAAGAAUAUAUCCUUACAAAGCCAGAGAUGGGAACUGUGAUUCAAACAAGAUGAACUCUCCAGCUGUCAGGAUUGAUGGGUACGAAAUGGUACCUGAGCAUGACGAAAAUGCCUUGAUGAAAGCUGUUGCAAAUCAGCCUGUUUCUGUUGCAAUUGAUGCUGGUGGUUCCGACAUGCAAUUCUACUCCGAGGGAGUGUUCAAUGGAAAUUGUGGGAUGGAGCUAGACCAUGGGGUGGCAGCUGUGGGCUAUGGAAAUACUCUUGAUGGUACGAAAUAUUGGAUAGUGAAGAAUUCAUGGGGACCGGACUGGGGAGAACAAGGCUACAUUAGGAUGCAACGUGAUGUCGAUGCAUCAGAAGGGCUAUGUGGCAUAGCCAUGGAGGCCUCAUACCCCAUCAAGUUAUCGACUGAUAACCCAACACCACCCAAGGAUGAACUCUAG